AUGGCAAAAGCUGCUGAUUCUGGAAUCUGGACGGACCCUUGGCUUGAUGGGUUUCCAUCUCGGAGAUUGUGCCUGCUUUCUUUGCUCUCGUUCCCCGCCGACGAUGGAGCUGCCGUCUCGGCUGCGAUGCCAUCCUGCAGCAAGCAUGGAUUCAGGAUAUCCGUGGCACCCUGCUUGGCGGCCACAGUUGAGAGGACGAGACAAUGCACCACCUACUCGUUCGUUGCAUGUAUCUCGCAUCCUCUGGCACGACGUCCUCUCCUGAUGCCGCCUUACCAUCCAGCCCCCCGCCCCGAUAGUGCGGUCAGCUUCUUCGAAUGGUGGAUCUCGGCCAUGCAAAAUUCCCCGGCUAACCACCGCAAGGGCCUCAGGACUUUAGUUGCACUGACUGCGUGGACAAAUCUUGAAGCACCACAAUGCCUGCAUCUUGGACGAUGCCGCGCCAUCGCAUACCCACCUGGUUCACACCAUACACAGAAGGAAGCUCGUGCAUGCCUAGGUGAAAGCAGGAAAUCCAGAGACACAAUGGAAGGCGCCGUGGCGCAGAGCAUCCUGAGCAAUGUUGGGCAGCUGGUGGGCGAGGAGUUUCGGCAGCUCCGCGCCGUUGGCGGCGAGGUUGCGGAGCUGAGGGACGAGCUGGCCACCAUGAACGCGCUCCUGCGCAUGCAGACUGAAGCCGAAGAUGGCGCCGUGGACCACUUCAUUCGCGAGUGGAUGAAGCAGCUGCGCGAGCUCGCCUACGACGCCGAGGACUGCGUCGACCUCUACAUAUUCCGCAUAAGGUGCCAGUCGAAAGACGGGUUUCUCGUCUGGUCUAAGCGCCUGCUUGCGACGCUUUUCCCCCGCCAUCGCCUUGCUGGUAACAUCAGGACCCUCCGUGCGCGCGCUGUCACCAUCAGCGAGCGCCAUGCCCGGUAUGGCGUCAGCCGCGAGGCGCUGCACCGGUCUCCUUCCGUAGCCCCAGUGAUGGCGGCGGCGUCGUCCGCGAAAGCGCUCCGCCCUGCCAACGACCCUGACCAGUUCGUCGGCAUCGAGGACCAGGCAAACAUCCUAGCCAAAAGGGUGAAGGCCAUGGUGCAUGACAAUAGCGAAGAACGUGACAAGAAUCUCAAGGUGUUCUCCAUCGUGGGAUUUGGAGGGCUCGGAAAGACAACGUUGGCCAUGGAGGUGUGCCGGCAGCUGGAGACAGAGUUCGACCGGCAAGCGCAAGUGUCGGUGUCUCAGAUGUUCGAUGGUGGGAACGAUCUCAAGGAACUGCUGAAGCGCGUGCUUCAGCAGAUCGUUAAGAACAAAGCAGCUAAUGAAAAAGGAAUAGAGGAAGAGGAUCCAUUGGCUGGCAUCGACACCAUGGAUGUGAACAAACUUGCCGACAAGCUUGAGGACCUACUUAAAGAGAAGAGAUAUCUCAAAAAUGCCAUCGUUCUGUCAGAUGUUUGCUCAAAAAUGCCAUUAGACAUCGUCAUUAUCAGGUACCUGAUUGUGAUCGAUGAUGUAUGGACUGUAGCAGCAUGGGAUGCAAUCCAUUCCAAGUUGCCAGAAAACAAAUGCGGCAGCAGAAUCAUUGUAACCACUCGAAUAGAGACUGUGGCCAAAGAAUGCAGUGAUCCAAGUGUUGGCGAUUAUUGCAUCUACCGCAUUCAACCACUCAAUCCAGAAUACUCUAGGAAGUUGUUCCUCAGUAGAGCAUUUGGCUCUAUGGACGCUCCUUGCCAUGAAGGGCUAGCAGAUACAAUGGAAGAUAUUUUGAAGAAGUGUGCUGGGCUGCCGUUAGCAAUUGUUAGCAUUGCCAGCCUGUUGGCAAGCUAUAAAUAUCCAGAGAGGAAAGAUAUGUGGGAGACAGUUUGUAAAUCAAUUGGUUCGCAGAUGGAGAGCAACCCUACCCUCGAGGGGAUGAGUCAAAUACUCACACUCAGUUUCAACCACCUGCCUUAUCACAUCAAGUGUUGCAUGAUGUAUCUAAGCCUUUUCCCUGAGGAUUAUGAAAUCAACAAGAAUAGGCUCUUGUACAGAUGGAUCGCCGAAGGAUUGAUCGAGGAGAAGCGGGGAUUGACUUUGUUGGAGGUUGCAGAAUCCUACUUCGAUGAGUUGAUGAGUAGGAGCAUGAUCGAUCCAGCCUCCUCUAUAGGGUUCGAUGGGAGGAGGGAGGCGUGCCGCGUGCACGACAUGAUGCUCGAGGUCAUGGUGUCCAGAUCCCUAGAGGCUAACUUUGUUAGCGGAGUAGGUGGACAAUAUGAAGGAAUGUUUUAUGAUAGAGUUUGUCGCCUCUCCAUCCAUGGCAUAGAACAGGAACCGGAGGCCGAGGAUUCUCCAUCCAAGGGGAGGAAUAGCAUGGAUAGGAUGGACAUGCAACAUGUUCGAUCACUGAGCAUGUUUGAGCUCAAAGCGAAAAGUGUAUUUGAUCGGUUGCGAGAGUUUACCCUGUUGAGGGUACUUGAUCUGGAAGGCUGCAAGGGCCUAGAAAACAAGCAUGUGGUGGAUAUCUGCCGGAUGUACCUUCUAAAGUUCUUAAGCUUGAAGGGUACAACCAUUAGUGUGAUGCCAAAAAAAGUCGGUGAGCUAGAGCAUUUGCAAGUUCUCGAUGUGCGUGAUACACAUCUUGGUGAGCUACCAGAAACAGUGACAAAGCUAGAGAAAGCUGAGCGCAUGGAUUUGACCCACCGUACAGAAUGGUACAUCAUGUGGACUAUUCCCAGAGGGGUCUCUAAAAUGAAGGCACUACGCGAGGUGGAAUGUGCAAAGAUAGAUAAUGUUGAAGUUGCUAAAGAGUUCGGUAAACUAGGACAACUACGUCGCAUAUUUCUGUUUGUUGACGCCCAGCAAGAUCUGGAGGUUGUAGGAGAGCUUGCCAUCUCCCUGAGCAAGUUACACUCCCUUCGGUCCCUUGGCAUUGGCCGCUUUGGAUCCGAGGACGGCAAAAUGGACUUUCUUCUUGAGCUGCCAUCGCCGCCACGGCUCCUCCGGUACCUCAGCAUCGAUGGCCAAAUUUCAAAAUUGCCUGACUGGAUGAGCUCACUGUCAUAUCUGACUGUCUUUGCCGCUAAGUGGUUAAGGUUACGUGGUGACCAAGUGUUUGACGUCCUUUGUAAGCUGCCCAACCUGCAGAGUAUCAAGCUGUGGCGGGAAUGCUACCUUGACCGCAGACUUGUUGCGCGCACUUCCCACCACUUUGCAGUGUUGAGGACCCUUUCCGUCUGCUCAAUUUACUGCAGAUAUCCCGAAGUGAUUGAGUUCGAGGAAGGAUCGAUGGAUAAGCUUGAGGAGCUUUUGGUUGAGUUCUGUGACGGUAACAAGAGGAGCAUUGUUGGUAUCCAACACUUGACAAACCUGAAAGAGGUCCAGCUUACAGGUAAGAGAUACAACUCUUCGCUGGCCCUUGCAUUGGAGCAGCUGAAGGCCGAGAGUAACAGCCGCGCCAAGGCCAGUCAGUUUAAGGUUGCAUGUUUCUCUGAAAACAAAGGUAACAACAACAAUGGUGCACCGAGCCUGAACCUGCUACCGGAAAGUGCCCGCAUCACUUGUACAGGGUACAAAGGGCUGAUCGACAAGGGGAAACCUCACGUGCUGUUGGAUGUACGACCUGCUCAUCAUUUCCAAAUAGUUUCACUUUCCCGGUCUCUGAACAUACCACUCUCCGUUCUGGAGGAGAAGCUGCCUAUGCUCGAGACCUCAAUGAAGGAAACUUUGGAUGCCUCCGCCGCCUCAGAUAAACAGCCUUCCUUGUACGUCGUCUGCAGAAGAGGCAACGACUCACAGAGUGCUGUCCAGCUUCUCCGUGAGAAGGGCUUUCACUCCGCCAAGGACAUAGUCGGUGGCCUGCAGUCUUGGGCACAUGACGUCCAUCCUGAUUUCCCCGCAUACUAG